UUAGGAACCUGAGAGAAACGGAUAUAUCGAAACCCGCCAUUUAAAAUCCCUCCCUCAGCAACACAAACCCAAACCCUUGGCGUUUUCGUCUUCCCUCGCAUUCUUCAGAACACAGAGAGAGGGAUGGCGAGCGAUUCGAUUCAGCAGAGCGAAGCCCAAGUGGCGCUAAUCCUGGGCCCGGACUCGGCCCACCUGGAAUCCCUAAUCUCCCAAUUGAUGUCUUCCUCCAACGACCAGCGCUCCCAGGCGGAGUCCCUCUUCAACCUCUGCAAGCAGGCCCGCCCUGAGGCCCUCUUAUUGGGCCUGGCCCACCUCCUCCACUCCUCCCCGAACCCGGAGACCCGCACCAUGUCCGCCAUCCUCCUCCGCCGCCACCUCACGCGCCACCACGACUCCUUCCUCUGGCCUCUCCUCUCCCCCCCGGCCCGCUCCUCCCUCCACUCCCUCCUCCUCUCCUCCCUCCACAACGAGCCCCUCAAAUCCAUCACCAAGAAGCUCUGCGACACCGUCUCCGAGCUCGCCGCCGCCACCCUCCCCGACGACUCUGCCGCCUGGCCCGACCUCCUCCCCCUCCUCUUCCAGUGGGUCACCUCCCCCGACCCCAGGCUCCAAGAAAUCUCGCUCCUUAUUUUCGCCCAAUUGGCUCAUUACAUCGGCCAAACCCUACUCCCUCAAAUCUCCACUCUCCACUCCGUCUUCCUCCGCUCCCUUCACUCCUCCACCCCCUCCGACGUCCGCAUCGCCGCCCUCGCCGCCGCCAUCAACUUCAUCCAAUGCCUCACGAAUUCCUCCGACAGAGACCGCUUCCAAGACCUCCUCCCUCUCAUGAUGCAGACCCUCACCGAGGCGCUGAACUCCGGCCAGGAGGCCGUCGCUCAGGAGGCGCUUGAGCUUCUCAUCGAGCUCGCUGGCACCGAGCCGCGCUUCCUCCGGCGACAAAUUGUCGACGUCGUGGGGUCCAUGUUACAGGUCGCAGAAGCUGAGACUUUGGAGGAAGGAACACGGCACUUGGCGAUUGAGUUUGUGGUUACUCUCGCCGAGGCAAGGGAGCGUGCUCCCGGCAUGAUGAGGAAGUUUCCACAGUUUGUGAGGAAGCUUUUUGGUGUGUUGAUGAAUUUGGUGCUUGAUAUCGAGGAUGAUCCUGCGUGGCACGGUGCAGUGGAUGAGGAUGAGGAUGAGGACGCCGGCGAGACGAGUAACUAUGGCUUUGGACAGGAGUGUCUGGAUAGGCUUUCGAUUUCGCUCGGUGGGAACACCAUUGUGCCGGUUGCCUCUGAGUUGCUGCCCACCUACUUGGCUGCUCCUGAGUGGGAAAAGCACCAUGCUGCGCUCAUUGCUCUUGCGCAAAUCGCCGAGGGUUGUUCCAAGGUUAUGAUAAAGAAUCUGGAGCAGGUAUUGUCAAUGAUUUUGAAUUCAUUUCGUGAUCCUCACCCUCGAGUGCGAUGGGCAGCUAUAAAUGCAAUUGGGCAGUUGUCCACGGAUUUGGGGCCAGACUUGCAGGUUAAAUUUCACCACUUAGUGCUUCCGGCUUUGGCUGGAGCCAUGGAUGAUUUUCAAAAUCCAAGAGUACAGGCUCAUGCUGCUUCUGCAGUGCUAAAUUUCACUGAGAAUUGUACCCCAGAUAUCCUAACACCUUACUUAGAUGGGAUUGUGAGCAAACUUUUGGUACUCCUGCAGAAUGGGAAGCAAAUGGUUCAAGAAGGGGCUUUGACAGCCUUAGCAUCUGUUGCAGAUUCUUCAGAGGUGCAAUUUCAGAAGUAUUAUGAUGCUGUGAUGCCAUACUUAAAAGCUAUUUUGGUGAACGCAAAUGAUAAAUCUAAUCGUAUGCUUCGAGCCAAAGCAAUGGAGUGCAUUAGUUUGGUAGGAAUGGCUGUUGGAAAGGAGAAGUUCAGGGAUGAUGCCAAACAGGUCAUGGAUGUCUUGAUGUCACUGCAACAAUCUCAACUGGAUGCUGAUGAUCCAACUGCAAGUUACAUGUUACAAGCAUGGGCACGGCUUUGCAAGUGCCUUGGGCAGGAUUUUCUCCCAUAUAUGGGUUUUGUGAUGCCUCCUUUGCUCCAGUCUGCACAACUUAAGCCCGAUGUGACCAUUACAUCAGCGGAUUCUGAUACUGAAUUUGAUGAAGAUGAUGACAGCAUUGAAACAAUUACACUUGGGGAUAAAAGGAUAGGCAUUAAGACUAGUGUGUUGGAGGAGAAGGCCACUGCUUGUAACAUGCUAUGUUGCUAUGCUGAUGAGUUGAAGGAAGGAUUUUUUCCUUGGAUUGACCAGGUUGCUUUCACAUUGGUUCCUCUUCUUAAAUUUUACUUCCAUGAAGAAGUUAGGAAGGCAGCAGUUUCAGCCAUGCCGGAACUGUUGUCCUCGGCAAAAUCAGCUGUAGUGAAGGGACAAUCACAAGGUCGUGAUGAGACUUAUGUGAAACAGCUUUCUGAUUAUAUAAUACCAAAUUUGGUGGAGGCUUUACACAAGGAGCCAGAAGUAGAAAUUUGUGCAAGCAUGUUGGAUGCAUUGAAUGAAUGCAUACAGGUCUCUGGAUCACAUCUAGAUGAAAAGCAAGUUCGGAGCAUUGUUGAUGAGAUUAAACAAGUCCUUACGGCCAGUUCAUCAAGAAAACAUGAAAGAGCAGAGAGGGCCAAAGAAGAGGACUUUGAUGCUGAAGAAAGAGAACUACUCAAUGAAGAAAAUGAGCAAGAAGAGGAGCUUUUUGAUCAAGUUGGUGAUUGCUUGGGAACUUUGAUAAAAACAUUCAGGACAUCUUUCUUGCCUUUCUUUGAUGAGCUGUCCUCAUACCUAACACCUUUGUUUGGUAAAGACAAAACCUCAGAGGAAAGGAGAAUUGCCAUUUGUAUAUUUGAUGAUGUUGCUGAGCACGGUCGUGAAGCCGCUCUUAAAUAUUAUGAUUCUUUUCUUCCAUUCUUACUCGAAGCUUGCAAUGAUGAAUAUCCCGAUGUUCGACAGGCUGCUGUUUAUGGUGUUGGUGUUUGUGCUGAGUUUGGUGGAUCUGUUUUCAGCCCCCUUGUUGGAGAGGCACUUUCAAGGUUAGAUGCUGUGAUAAGGCAUCCAAAUGCACUACAUGCUGAUAACAUAAUGGCAUAUGACAAUGCCGUCUCAGCUCUUGGAAAAAUAUGCCAAUUCCAUCGUGAUAGCAUAAAUGCAGCACAGGUUGUUCCUGCCUGGCUAAGUUGCUUGCCUAUAAAAGGUGAUUUAAUUGAAGCUAAGGUUGUGCAUGACCAACUUUGUUCAAUGGUUGAAAGAUCUGAUAGAGAACUUAUAGGUCCCAACAAUCAAUAUCUUUCCAAAAUUGUUGCAGUUUUUGCCGAGAUUUUAUGUGCGGGAAAUGAUCUGGCAACCGAACAGACUGUUAGUAGGAUGAUUAAUUUAUUGAGGCAGCUUCAACAGACUUUACCACCUUCUACCCUUGCUUCAACCUGGUCAUCCUUGCAGCCUCAGCAGCAGCUUGCACUUCAGUCCAUCCUAUCAUCCUAGUAGUUUUGGUCAGAAGAUGCGUGUCUAUUGUCAUGGGAUGUCAUAGUUACCUUUUCAGAAGCUGCUUUGUCAGGUCAAAUUCAUUCCUUAGCAUCAUUGGAGUGUCUUUUUUUGAGAAGCAGCUGCGUCUGGUUCGUGUUUCAUGAUUGCUGAUUCCAUACUUGGUUAUGCAAGCCAGGACUUGAGGUAUGGCUUUGUCACAGAGGCAGAGCAUUGUUGAGUUGGUUUGGAUGGGAAACAGUUUUGGUGUGAAAUGUGUAUACUGUGUUAUAGUCAGAAGGAAUUCUCAAAUGAACAGUGACUCGAUCCUGUCUGUGGAUGAUGGGGACGAGGCGUGACCCUGAGUCAUGCAUGGCUCAGGCAAAUCGCAUAGCAUUCUUUUGUUUAUUUUUGAGUUGUAACAGUUUUGAUGGGUCAUUUCUUUUGGAUGUUGGAAGCAAAUCGUCAUAGUUAAAUUAAUUUGUAUAUCUGCAUGCUUCUUUCCCUGCGCUUUUCCUUCCUAUCACGUAUCCUAUGUUAGGAUAGAGAAAAUAGAGAUGAGUAGGGCAGAAAGCUGUAGGUGGCGAAAAAAACAAGUUAACUUUAGGUUUGUUUGGAGACACGGUGUCUAGGGUGCACAAGCAUAACUCCUUUCGCACCAUGCAAAAGUAUUUCUUCACCGUUAAAUUUUAUAAAUUUUGAAUC